AUGCCCAAGCCCACCGCGCUGGCCAAGCUGCCUCUUGCUCAGUUGCAGGAGCUUAUGGUCCGGUGUGGUCUGCCAAAGUCUGGUCCCAAGUUUCAGCUAUACAACCGUAUCCGAACCGCUGCUAGAGAGCACAAACCUUUAAGGCCUGACUCUCGCAUCCUCAGCAUCGACCUGGGUCUCAAGAACUUUGCCUACAGUGUUCUCACUCCAGUUUUGCAAGACAGCAAAGCCAAGGCCCAAGAGUAUCCUUUGCCUGGAGACGAAGGGAUCGGGUUCAACAGGGCCAUGGCCGAGAAGAACCCCGUUACUGGAGACAAAGGUACCAGGUUCAACAGGCCAGGGGGAGAGGGUGUCCUUGACACGGCCUCGUUCUUCGAGAAGCUUGAAUCAACCCCGAACAACGACUUGGUCAAAACUCUCGAACCAAAUCUAAUGACUGAAACGAAGUAUGAUAUACGCAACACUACAAGGCAUGUGGCUGACCUGCACGAAUGGCGCCAUCUCAACCUUCUGCCAUGGCUUGAGAAGAACAAUAUCGACGGAAGGAAUACGGACGCCAUCGGGGAGAACUUUGCCCCCAACGCCAUGGCCGACAUGGCCUACCGCCUUAUCACGGAACAUAUCCUGCCCAAAAACCCCACCCACAUUCUCAUUGAGCGUCAGCGCUUCCGCACCGCCAACGCGGCCGGCAUCUUUGAGUGGACCGUCCGUGUAAACAUGCUCGAAUCCAUGAUCUACGCCAUCCUGGAGGUCAUGAAAGCCCGCGGCGAGUUCAAGGGCGUCGUGGUUGCCGUACCGCCCAAGCGCGUGGUCAACUAUCUUGUGGACAAGUACGAACGCGAGAUACCCGAACCCAGCGAACUUCACAAGCCCAGAAGGUCCAGGCCAAAGCGGGUACCGGCAAAGAUGUUGCCUGUCGAUGAGAUUUCACCCGAGGAGGACCAGGAUGACGAGCUUCUCAACCCGUUCGCGGAGCCCGUCAACGUUGACGACAAGGAAGUCAAGGCCAAGAUCAAGGACGUUAAGAAGGCCCGCAUGUUGCUUUUGGCUUCUUGGUUCAGGAAUCAGGAGAAGCUCGGUCUCGCAACCAAGGAGAUGCAGCGCAUGGCCGAGUAUUUCAAAUUGAAAAACGACGCUGUAAUAAUGCCGGAGCCAAAGGAUCUCCCCAAGUCUCUUGGCGUUGGCACGUUGAUGGGCAAGAGAAUGGAGAGGACGGAGCGCGUUACCAAGGGCGAACACAUUGAGAAGAUGGACGACUUGUGCGACUCGGUUACUCAGGGACUCGCCUGGAUGGAGUGGGGGUUGACGUUGGAGGAAGCUAUCAAGAGGAAGCCGUGGAUUAUGGACGAUAACGUGGCACCGGAGAAGCCUAAGCUGGGCAUUCCGGAGAGGAAGAGAACAACGGGCGGAGGUCGAUAA